GUUCCACUGUUUACUCAAAAGAUUAGCUCGCAGAUAUAAGUUUGUGUAAACUGUAAACAUCCUGGUACAACGCCGUGUAUAUAUUUGGAAGUUCUCUGGCUCCUACACUUCCAGACAUCAGUGUGUCGCAGUCAAGCUUCCGGCAGCUUGGUCCUUGCACAGAAAAGCUUCCACUAGACAAGGAGGACAUCUAAGACUGAGACUACAACAGGAAGGAAACAAUUUUCAAAACAAUUCUUUUUUAUAGCAAGCUGACAGAGAAAGACAACACUGCAGCCCAAAGAAGCAUCUGGACGACUAGACCUCGAGAAACAAAAAGGUUGAGACGAGAAAAGGAGGAGAAGCAAAGUUUCAAAUUGCUCUUCUGACAGGUUUUCAACUGACACAGGACGGCAUCACGUGGCACAAGAAGACAUCUGGAAGCUUGGUUCUCACAAACAAGAAGACUGCGAGACAACUCACUUUAGUGACAAGCUGACAGAGGAAGGCAUCACGUGGCACAAGAAGACAUCUGAAGCUUGGUUCUCACUAACAAGAGACUGCAAGACAAUUCACUUUAGUGACAAGCUGACAGAGGAAGACCAAUCACCUGGCAGCAGGAAUGGCGAUGAGACCUCUCCUCGUUUUUAUUUUUGUUUUUUUGACUCCCAGCUUGAGAGGAAAAGGCGUACAACUGUUUGAGACAGAAGAAGCAGGUACAAGAAUAUUUCACAAAUGCAAGGGAAGUAACCUGACGCUGUACGAAGCAGAUGACGAGGUUACCGUUCUUCACGUGUUUGUGUUUCUCGGGAGAGAAUCUCUGGCCAGCUCCUCGGUACCCGCCACAGGAAUGUUUGAGAAACGUUUGACCGUUCACAAUAACGGAAGAGUCACCUUGACCAAUCUGACGUCAGAUGACCUGGGGAGAUACCGAGUGGAGGUCCAAGCUGAGGACAAGAUCACACACAACAUCAGACUGAUUAUUAAAGAGCCUCCUAGAUCAGCAGACGGAAAGUUAUUGGUGAUGAAGAAUGCCUUGUCAGACACAAACUCUAUUCGUCUGAUGUGUGGCACGUUUACAACUUUGGGCUUCCCGCCUGUGUCAGCAGUGUGGAAGGAUCCCGCAGGUCGAACACUAAGCAGUGACGGGUUUAAUGAUGAGUACUUUUACCUGGAUGUACCUGCCGACACGGCGGACUCUGGUGACUACUGCUGUCAGCUGGACUGCAGAGCCCCCGAUUUCUGUUGUCUUGACGACCAGUCGCCGCUAAGGUCGUGCGCCACAAUACCUGUCCACACAGACAGAAUGGUCGAGGUCACGACUGACGACAAGAUGUCUUUGGGAAACUUAACUCAAGCGAUGGCUUACCUGGUUCAGCGACAAGCCAGGUGUGACCAGCUGGACACUUACAUCACAAAGGUGGAGACGUUACAAGUGGACAUGCUGAAAGGCAUCGAGAACAUGAGGAACACGACUACAGACGCUCGAGUCCAGCUAGAGACAGAAACGAACCACAAACUGUGGAACUUUCAGCUUCAGAUGGAUUCUAACGCCUCUAAAGUUAUGGAGUCUUGUAAUGUUAGUCAGCAGCAGCUACUGACUACAGUUUCUGACAAACUUUUACAGCUGGAAAUGAAGUUAAACAAGGACUUGGUCGACCUUAACAAUGCGAGUUUUACUGCUGACAGAAGACUAGAGGCAAACAUCAACAAAUCCGUGGAACAUCUCCAGAAAGUACAUUUACAGCUGGAUACUAACAUUUCUAAAGCUGUAGAAUCCUUUAAUGAGCUUAAUGAGCGUCUGAUGGAGACAUCAAAGGAACUGCAGUUAAACCAAACUAACUUCUCAUAUCAAGUGGAAAACAUUGUCACUAGACUUGACAAAGAUGGAGGCAUUGAAUUAAAACUAACCAAAGCUUCUGACCAGGUUAAAGAUUUGCAAAAGAGGACAGAAGAAAUCUCCGAGGCAACUGACAAACACCAAUCACAACUUGAAAAGCAAAUUACAGAACUUGCAGCUGAAGGGAAGACAGGACUUUCUGGUCUGCAACAAAUAACAUCAGAUCUCAGAACUACGUUGACCAGCAAUGUCCAGACAUUGACAAACCUGACAUCGAAAACUAAGCUUCGGGUGUUGAAACUCGAGAAGAAACUGUCAACCAUCCACAAUACGUUGAACAGACUUGAGACGAAUACAAACAAAUCACUGGAAGCCAUUCGUUCAUACAUGUCAGCGAUUUAUAAGGCGACGCCAAAAGGUGAAUGUCUUUUGAAAACGGGCUACGUGUGGUACCAGAGAACCUGCUUGAAGCUUUCAACGAGACAGGUGGACUACGUUACUGCAAAAGUCAACUGCGAGGCAGACGGCGCUCACCUGUAUGACAUCAAGUCUCCGGUCUUAGACGAGGAGCGAGUGCGCUUUGCUAUCAAACAAUCAGGAUUAUCUCGCGACAUCGACAUUUGGUUGGGAGGAAACGACCUUGAGAUUGAGGGAGACUACCGCUGGAGUGACGGAACUCCUCUGUCGUCUUCCUUUAAAUUAUGGGAAACAGGUCAGCCUAGUGACAGUGAUGAAACUAUAAACAUCAUCGUCACAUAUAAACAUCCGCAUCAACAGAAAGCGGUCACAAAUACAGAUGUCACGAUUGUUCAUCAGACCCUUUACGUUGCCAAGUCUUCAUCAUAUGGACGAGGUCGAUGUUUAUGAGGCGGAACCCCAGUUAAUCGUUAUUAGGAUGAGUUAUUACUGGUUAUUUGAGUGUGAAAUGUCUUUUUAUGAUAUCUACCGACUUGUCUUUCCAAUUGGGAAUAAGGUUAUUCACCCACAUUUAAAUGACUACUAUCUACUUCUGAGGUUACAUCAGGGAUUUAAAGACCACAGUUUCCACCAUUUUAACCCCACUGAGGUGCACCGUUACGCCAGCCUGACUUGAGGGCGUUUGUAACCCUAACCUCAAAUGGUUAAAUUAUAAAAUGAGAAUUUUGCUUGCAGACUGAUACAGAAGAAAGUAUCUAAAUGAAAACUGUUCUUUCUGUAAAAAACUACGUUCUGGUGUUGAGGAUGUAUACUGAUGCAUUCGCGAGCUUCUACUUAUCUGAGCAUCAAAUAACACUGUACGUUUUAUUCGUGUAUGUUUGUAAAUAUUAUUAAAUAUAUAUCAAUAAACGCAUUUCAUACCAGUUGUUAUGUUACUAAUGUCCCUGUAUCACAAAUGAAGAUGACACCUGUGUCUGUCCUACCAAUGAG